AAAGGUUAGAAAGAAAAAUGAGAAAAAGGGUUUUGUUUUCAUUGUUUCCAAGCACAAAACAGAAGUCCUGGAUUCCCAGAAAAUGGGAUUUGUAAUCUACAGUCGGUGAUCGGGAGUCGGAAGUCGGAACCUAUAUAUUCCUUGCUUCUCUUCUCUUCGCAAAAAGAAAAGAAGCGGUGGCGGUGUAGUAAUAGACAAAUCAUGACGACGAAGCUUUUUGCGUCGAAGCUCCGCCAAACAUGUAACAGAGGCUUGUUAUCUCACCUCCGAACACUCUCCGUCGCAGCUGCAGCUACUGUACCAACCUCAUCUCCCCUUCCUUUUCAAGGCCAAUAUGAGGAAGUAGAGGGGGUUACAAUGAAAGGCGUCAAAAUUUCCGGUAGACCCCUCUACCUGGACAUGCAAGCAACUUCCCCUGUCGACCCUAGGGUUUUGGACGCGAUGCUCCCUUUCUAUCUCUCACGCUAUGGCAACCCUCACUCUCGCACCCACCUCUACGGCUGGGAAUCCGACCUCGCCGUCGAGAAGGCUCGAGCCCAGGUGGCUGCCCUCAUCAACGCCUCUCCCAAAGAAAUUGUUUUCACCUCCGGCGCCACCGAAUCCAACAACAUCUCCGUCAAAGGUGUCAUGCACUUCUACAAGGACAAGAAGCGCCAUGUCAUCACCACCCAGACCGAGCACAAGUGCGUCCUCGACUCUUGCCGCCACCUUCAACAAGAGGGCUUUGACGUCACCUACCUCCCCGUCAGCUCCGAUGGUAUACUCGACCUCGAUCGCUUUCGAUCUGCUAUUCGCCCCGAUACCGGGCUCGUCUCCAUCAUGGCUGUCAAUAACGAGAUUGGUGUCAUCCAACCGAUUGAAGAAAUUGGCAAGAUUUGCAAAGAGAUGAACAUCCCUUUUCACACGGAUGCGGCGCAGGCUCUUGGCAAGAUCCCAAUUGAUGUCGAGAAGAUGAAUGUGAGCUUGAUGUCGCUCAGUGGGCACAAAAUUUACGGACCCAAGGGGGUUGGGGCGCUUUAUAUCCGCCGAAGGCCGAGAAUUAGGGUGGAGCCGCAGAUGAAUGGCGGUGGGCAGGAGAGAGGGAUUCGGAGUGGGACUAUUCCGACUCCAUUGGUUGUUGGUAUGGGCGCUGCGUGUGAGCUAGCAAUGAAGGAAAUGAAAUACGACGAGAAGCGGAUUACUGCAUUGCAGGAACGGCUGCUGAAUGGAAUUAGAGCUAAGCUUGAUGGUGUAGUGGUGAAUGGAAGCAUGGAGAGGAGGUAUGUUGGUAAUCUAAACCUAUCUUUCGCCUAUGUUGAAGGGGAGAGCCUGCUUAUGGGCUUGAAGGAGGUUGCAGUUUCUAGUGGCAGUGCCUGCACAAGUGCCAGUUUGGAGCCAUCUUAUGUGUUGAGGGCUUUGGGAGUGGACGAGGAUAUGGCCCACACGUCAAUUAGGUUUGGAAUUGGAAGGUUUACAACAGAGGCCGAAAUUGAUCGGGCAAUUGAGCUUACGGUGCAGCAGGUUGAGAAGUUGAGAGAGAUGAGCCCUCUAUAUGAGAUGGUGAAGGAAGGAAUAGACAUUAAGAGCAUCCAAUGGGCGCAACACUGAUGGGUCUACCUUUAAAUGGUGGCAAUAAAAUUGCUGUUACAGACUUGUAUACAAACAAGUAUGGGCGCUGAUAGUAUAUUGUCCAAAUACAUGUUAGAAUCAUGCAAAGCCUAUGAUCUCCAACUGCUCAAACUUUAUGGAAUGUUCAUAUAUUUUAUCCAGGUUUUCCUUUUAAGUUAGCCUUGGUCUUCUUGCCUCCAUGAACAGAGUUUUCCUACUAAAUCACUGCAUGGUGGAUUGCUAUUUCUAUAUUUGCAAUUUAAUUAUUUGUAUUCUACAAGCACUUUUUCAGGCUGUGUUGGCAUAACUUGGAUAUUGGCAAUCUUAGUUUUACUUUGAAGAUA